CAGUCUUUGGUAUAUAAAGGUAGAAGGGUCUCUCCUACAUUCCACCCGCUCUUAAGUUCACGAUGGCCUUCACUGGGAAAUAUCAGCUUGAGUCUCAGGAGAAUUUUGAGCCUUUCAUGAAGGCAAUUGGUUUGCCAGAUGAUCUCAUCCAGAAGGGCAAGGACAUCAAGAGCUUGUCGGAGAUUGAGCAGAAUGGAGACCACUUCAAAGUGACCGUGACCACGGGCACCAAGGUCAUAGUCAACUCGUUCACAGUCGGCCAGGAGGCUGAGCUCGAGACUUUGACUGGAGAGAAGAUAAAGUCUACGGUGAAUCUGGUUGGGAACAAGCUAAUGGUCUCAUUGAAGGGCAUUGAUUCGGUCACUGAAUUCAAUGGGGACACCAUAAUCGCUACAAUGACGCUGGGCCCCAUCGUCUACAAGAGGAUAAGCAAACGCAUCUAGGGAUCUCUCAACCCUCUUUGAAUAAAUGAAGAAAAUGUA